AUGAACGCCAAUCAUAUAUGUCAGAGACAUCUUGACCUUAACGCACAGAGUGGUAUUACAAGCUACGAUAUCAGUUCCCUGGUUGAUGAUGAUUUUGAGGUAAUCGGUAGUUUGAGUGAUACACUUCGUUCGGUAUCACUGGAAACUGGUUCAGGCAUACCUCUGUAUGAUAUAGAGAUUGGUAACCGUAAUGACACUAUUGCCGAAAACUGCACUAGUGCAGCUGUCGUAGCCAAUAAAGAGGUUGAUGAAAGCACACCACUAGCGAAUAACAGUUUGAAUUUGAUGUCAAGCGAUGGCAUUGAUCGGAACACUGAUAUUUUCAUGGAGAAUGUUGUUAAAUCAUCAUUAAUUGAUCGUACAAAUCUUCCGAUGCAUCUCCAGGAAGACCCAAUCAAUACAGUUGAGUCAAUUCGAGCUGACUAUCAAGCAGCGCAGCAAUCAGCUAAGCAGGAAAAUGAGUUGUUACGUAAGGCGUGCGAAAAAAAGAAUGAGCAAAUAAGUUUUUUGUCUGUUCCGUUUCAUUCUUAG